CAAAAAAAGGUGUUUUAUCUUUUCAGCUAAUAUUUCAGCAACCAUGUCUUCAGCUCAGCAUCUCAGAGAUUUUAUCAGAGAGAGACUAACUGCUGCUGCUGAAGAAAUCUUCACUGAGGUCGAAAAAACCAUCAUUUGCUACGAGGAGCAGCUCGAUGCUCAGCGCAGGAUGAUGGGGAUCAACUGGAAACCGCAGAUAAAACUCAACAGAAUCGGUUCGGAGCUGCAGAGACAAAGUUCUGACGUCCAAAAGCUAAAUGUCUUCACUGAGCAGGAAGUUUCUUCCAUCCACCUUCUGUGUAACCAGAGGAGGCGGUCCAGCCACGAGGAGGAGGAAGCAGAACCUCAGUGGACUGGAGGGGAUCAAAUGGAGCCGGAUCCUCCAAGGCCACCUGAACGGACACUGAUGGAAGGAGAAAGUGAGAACGCCGAGUCUUCAUGGGAUAAAAGGCCAUGGAAAACAUCAGAGCCUCCACCGACUGAAGAAUGGGAGGAAUCAGAAACUGACUGGAUGAACGAGGAAGAAGCAGAAAUUAAACCUUCGCUGUUUAAAGAAUGGCAGGAACCAGAAACUCAAUGGAGUAAAGAGGAAGAGGAGGAUCCACGAAGACCAGAGAAUGAAGAACGGGAGGAUCCAGAAACUGCAUGGAUUAAAGAAGAAGUGGAACCACUGAUAGGAGUGAAGGAGGAAACAGAUUCUCCUGUAUUUAGCUGUGAAGGAGAGCCAAGACCUGAGCAGCUUUCUCUUCAUAUUUCUGCUGUAGUUGAGAGCAAAGAUCAGGGAGGAAGAAAUAUUUCCACCGUGUCAGAAACUCAGUGCUUUACUGACAAGUGUGAUAUUUGUGGGAAAUCGUUCAAGAAGAAGUUUAACUUGAAACAGCAUUACAGGAUCCACACUGGUGAGAGGCCUUUCUGUUGUGAAAUAUGUGGGAAAAGUUUCUCUCAAUUUAGUAAUUUAAAAGUUCACAAGAAAAUUCACACCGGUAAGAGGCCUUUCUGUUGUGAAACAUGUGGGAGACGUUUCUUAAGAAUCGAUCAUUUAAAUAUUCACAAGAAAACUCAUACAGGUGAAAGGCCUUUUUCUUGUGACUUAUGUAGGAAAUCUUUCACUCGCAUUGAUAAUUUAAACAACCAUAAGAAAAUUCAUACAGGUCAGAGGCCUUGUCAAACAUAUGGAGAAGAUUUCUCUCUUUACAACAAAGUGAAUGCAGGUGAAAGUCCUUUUUCUUGUGAAAUAUGUGGGAAAAUUUUCUCUCGAAUUUCUAGUUUAAAGGUUCACAAGAAAACUCAUACAGGUGAAAGGCCUUUUUCAUGUGACACAUGUGGGAAAGGUUUUAUACAUAGUUCAUAUUUAAAUGUUCACAGGAGAACCCACACAGCUCAUUGAUACGGCUACACAGAUUUCAGUCUGUCUUGGUAAAUUAUUUUGAAAAUACGGAUGUUGUGCUUGUGCAUUUUCCUGUUGUGAGAUUUUAGUUUAGCAGUAACAAGACAUGAAGUUACUUUUAAAAUGAAUCAUACAUGUUAUAGAUGCAGGUUAGAUUAAAAUGUUUGACUUUUCUUACUUGAUUAUUUCUGUUACUAGAUUAAGCUGUUCUGACCCUUACUAAUAAAUAUCAAGCAUAAAGAAAAAUCUAAAA